AUGGCAGCAAAGAGGUCCGACAAUCCAGACGGCACGCCUGCAAAGCGACAGAAGACAUCGAACGAGAUGAACCCUCGAGACAACCCAUAUCUUGCCCAUAUGUACGAAAAUGGGUCCAAUGGCCACAGCAGUGGCUAUUCUACACCACAGUCCGUCUCAGAGAGCCCUCUCGCAAAUUUCCAAAGACAUCAAACCACUUCUGCCCUUGCCCGCGACGCUGAGGAUAGCAAGAUCAAUCCGUUCACAGGCCGAAAUGUCUCAGACAGAUACUUCUCCAUCUUGCGGACUCGACGAGACCUCCCGGUUCACGCCCAGCGAGACGAGUUUCUGAAACUGUACCAACAGUCACAAAUAUUGGUUUUUGUCGGAGAGACAGGUUCUGGCAAGACCACACAAAUCCCCCAAUUCGUCCUCUAUGAUGACCUACCCCAGCAACAACGAAAGUUGGUCGCUUGUACGCAGCCUCGCAGAGUAGCUGCCAUGUCAGUCGCAGAACGAGUGGCGCAAGAAAUGGAUGUCAAGCUGGGAGAGGAAGUGGGAUACAGCAUUCGAUUCGAAGAUAUGACCAGUCAAAAGACUAUCCUCAAGUAUAUGACCGACGGGAUGCUUCUUCGAGAAGCCAUGAAUGACCACAACUUGACCAGGUACAGCACGAUCAUUUUGGAUGAAGCCCAUGAACGUACUCUCGCCACCGACGUAUUGAUGGGUCUCCUCAAGGAGGUGGUUGUACGAAGACCUGAUCUCAAGCUUAUCAUCAUGUCUGCAACUUUGGAUGCUCAAAAAUUCCAGCGGUAUUUCAUGGAAGCGCCCUUGCUUGCGGUCCCUGGUCGAACACAUCCCGUUGAGAUCUUCUACACACCUGAACCCGAGCGUGAUUAUGUUGAGGCCGCAAUCAGAACAGUGCUCCAAAUUCAUGCCACAGAAGCAGACGGUGACAUCCUAUUGUUCCUCACUGGUGAAGAAGAGAUUGAGGAUGCGUGCCGCAAAAUUUCUCUGGAAGCAGACGAAAUGAUCAGAGAGGCAGACGCUGGACCCAUGAAAGUAUAUCCUCUGUAUGGUUCCCUACCACCGGCACAGCAGCAGAAGAUCUUCGAACCCGCACCCGCACCUCGCCGUCCAGGUGGACGAGCCGGGCGGAAAUGUAUCAUUGCAACCAAUAUUGCGGAGACCUCUUUGACAAUUGAUGGUAUUGUCUAUGUGGUCGACCCGGGUUUUUCGAAGCAAAAGGUCUAUAAUCCCCGAAUUCGUGUUGAAUCUCUCCUCGUUUCUCCAAUCUCAAAAGCGUCUGCUCAGCAACGUGCAGGUCGUGCAGGUCGUACCCGUCCUGGAAAGUGCUUCCGUCUCUACACAGAGGGUGCAUUUAAGAAAGAGCUUAUCGAGCAGACAUAUCCUGAAGUCUUGAGAUCGAAUUUGUCGUCAACAGUCUUGGAAUUGAAGAAGCUCGGAGUUGACGAUUUGGUGCAUUUCGACCUGAUGGAUCCGCCUGCUCCUGAGACUCUAAUGCGAGCACUAGAGGAGUUGAACUAUCUUGCUUGCCUUGAUGACGAUGGGAACCUGACUACUAUGGGCCGACUGGCAUCAGAAUUUCCUCUGGAUCCCGCCCUUGCUGUCAUGCUCAUCUCAUCGCCAGAGUUCUAUUGCUCGAAUGAAAUUCUAAGUUUGACAGCGUUGAUUUCUGUUCCUCAGGUGUUUGUACGUCCAGCAUCUGCAAGAAAGCGUGCAGACGAGAUGAAGAACCUAUUCGCUCAUCCCGACGGAGAUCACCUCACUCUCCUCAACGUCUACCAUGCAUUCAAAGGAGCAGAGGCACAAGCAAAUCCACGCCAAUGGUGUCAUGACCACUUCCUGAGUCUGCGUGCACUUCAGUCCGCAGAUAAUGUUCGGCUCCAAUUGAAACGCAUAAUGGAACGAGAAGAACUCGAAUUGAUGUCGACGCCAUUCGAGGACAAGAAAUAUUACGAGAACAUUCGACGAGCCUUGGUGUCUGGUUUCUUUAUGCAGGUGGCAAAGAAGGAAGCCAACGGAAAGACAUACACGACUGUCAAAGACAAUCAGACUGUUCUAUUGCACCCCAGUACAGUGCUCGAACAGGAAAACGACUGGGUCAUUUACAAUGAAUUCGUUCUCACGAGCAAGAACUACAUCCGCACAGUGACUGGUAUCCGAGGCGAGUGGCUCCUGGAUCUUGCGCCCGGCUACUACGAUAUCGACUCUUUCCCCAAGGGCGAAGUCAAGACGGCUCUUACACGACUAAGUGAGAGGAUUGCACGAAGACAGAAGAACAAAGACCGGAGGUGA